CGCCGAGGUGCCGGGCUGUGCCUCCGUGUGGCAGGGACGGGAUCAUAUGUAUGGAUUCUGGAUGUCCCGGCGGUGCUGCCGAGCGUGGCGGAGUGGGGCUGCGUCGAGCACCAGGAACCCCGAGAGAAAAUUCCCCCGGAUGGGUUGCAACAUCCCGCGGAGAAGCUGUGGCUGGACGAGGAGGGGGGACCAGCUGCGGGGGAACGCUUUGCCUCAAGGUGCUGCUUGAUCUAUUAAAACAGCCCUGAGAGGAGCUGAUACAUCAGUGAACAUCCACCAAACACCUGUUGCUCAGUUACCAGGCACCUUUCUGAAGGGUGCAGCAUGACAGAGCUCCACGAAGCCGUGGCUUUGGGGGACUACGACCUGGUGGAAAAGAUUUUGAAGGCAGGACGCUGCGACCCAAACCACAAGGAUGUCGACUGGCACGACAGGACCCCACUGCACUGGGCUGCUGCCAAAGGGCGGUCGGAUCUGGUCAAGCUCCUGGUGGAUCACGGCGCCCGGCAUUGCCUGCGGAGCGACGUGGGCUGGACUCCGGCUCACUUUGCCGCCGAGUCGGGGAGGCUGAGGGUGCUCCGCACCCUCCAUUCCCUGCACGCCGCCAUGGAUGCAGCCGACCUCUUUGGCGACACUCCCAAGAGGCUUGCAGAAAUCUACGGUCACCAGGACUGCUCCAAGUUCUUGGAGAAGGCAGAGGUGGAGAGCAGAAACUACCGCACGACAGCUGCAAUGAAAGGAAUCCCCUUAGACCAGAGAGAUGAAGACUGGGAACACAAGAAAGAGGAGCUUGGGAGAAACCCACCAUGUUUUUGGGAGAACUGCACAACCUCUGCUCCAAAGAAAAAUGGGAAAAAAAAGGGGAAGCAGUAGUUUGUCCUGUCUGUUUGGUGCCUCUGAGCAUGUGAAAUGCAGAGCAAAGGCACUGGCAGAUCUCAGGUGAAUCUGCAGGGUGAAAUACACAUGAAUGGGGGAAGCAAAUGCCCACAAGGAUGUGUCCUUGAGAUAUACUGCAAACAACAUCCUUAACAGGGAAGAGGUAGAAGUGCUUCUGUCUUUCUGUGUGUCUCUAUGUAUCAGAUUUCAAAUAUCAAAAAACAGCAGAAUAUGUUUAAAUAUACCAAUACUCUAAAUCACUGGAAUGUUUAAAGUUAUUGAGAUGACCAGCAGUUACUCAUAUUGUGAGGGAGGGAAAUGGUUUUGGUCCUACCUGAAUCACAAAAGCAUCUGAGAUUGUGGUUCUCCUUGCUCUGCUGAUAUCUAUGGUCUUUCCUUGUUUUCUUCUGAUCCUGCAUCAACCAGGAGGUACUACAGGUGCCUGUGACCUCUGGUGUUGCCUCUCCCUUUUCUCAGUCGUGGGGUGUAGUUGCUUCUUCUGGCUGAAGUUGAGAUGUUGAUCUUGAACUUUCACUGGACACAUGGGUCCAACAGCCUGAAUCUCCCAUUCCUAUCCCAGCAAAAGGGAAAAUGUGCUCCUCCUUACUGCUUUCAGAGAUCUGUGACUUCCAAGAGUGUUGGAACACUGCCUUAUUUUCAGCAGUACUCCCAACUAUUUUUAUAUCUCUGCCUUUAGGAAUGCUGUGAAACUGGUCCUGAGCUGUGCCUUUGAUCAUCAACACUUCCCAUGGCAAAAGCAUUUUUAACUGUUUAACUUCUCAAUCACAGAAACUUGGAAUGUGACCCAAAGCAGUUUUCCAUACCCUGCCAGCACUGGGCAGCCCCUCCCAUUGAGCUGUGACAUGUCUUCUGG